AUGAUGCGGAAGACGCCUGUAUACGCUCUGGCCGCAACGCGCAAGGCGCUCGUCGGCAACGGCCCCACCUUCUCGACGGGUGGCGAGUGCAUGAACACAUGCGACAUCCAGAAUGCAUUCCCAAUGAACGAGCGCGGCAUUCGCUCCUCGUCGCCGUUCCAGGAGCCCAACACUGCCAUCUACGACACAUACCUCUCGUGGACGUACUUUCAGCCGAUCGACGUGGAUAUUGAGAAGCUGCCGGCCCCAGAGGCGAAGUACUACCAGCGGCACACAAAGAAGCCAUGGGACAUCUCCACAACGGAGCUUAUUGAGAUCCAGUCGCGCAAGAAGUACUUCCAGGUCUGGGGCUACCUCGUCGCCUUCAUCUACCUGUACUUCCUGAUGCCCAAGGAGAAGUCGUUCAGUGGUCUGCACGGGCCUGACGGGCACUGGGUCAUGCUGCCGAAGGCUAGGCCGGAGUUGUUUUAG